AUGGAGGGUGCUAAACCCGGUGGUGGUGGUGGUGGUUUGGCUAGCAAGAAGACCUUUAUCAUUCAAUUACUCACAGGGUCAUGGUUCAUGGUGUUCGCAUCAUUGCUAAUCAUGUCCACCGCAGGCACACCCUACGCGUUUGGCCUAUAUUCUAACGUGCUCAAAUCAGUGCUCGGCUAUGACCAAAGUACUCUCAAUUUGAUCAGCUUCUUUAAAGACGUUGGCACCAACGUUGGAGUCCUCUCUGACCUCAUUGCCGAGGUCACACCAACAUGGUUCGUCUUAUCAAUUGGUGCAGUCUUAAACUUUUUUGGGUACAUAAUGAUAUGGCUAGCCGUGACUGAAAGAAUGGCUAAGCCCCAUGUAUGGAUGAUGAGCUUGUACAUCUGUCUUGGGGCAAAUUCGACUGCUUUUGCUAACACUGGAGCACUUGUAACCAGCGUGAAAAACUUCCCCGAAAGCCGUGGGGUUGUGUUAGGGCUUUUAAAGGGUUAUGUGGGACUAAGUGGUGCUAUAAUCACACAACUAUACCAUGCUAUCUAUGGUAAUGACUCAAAGUCUUUGAUUUUGCUUAUAGCUUGGCUUCCAGCUGCUAUAUCUUUCCUUUUUCUACGAACUAUAAGGAUCAUGAAGGUCAAUCGGCAGAAGAACGAGCUCCAAGUUUUUUAUAAUUUCCUUUAUAUAUCACUUGGCCUAGCUGGGUUUCUAAUGAUCAUGAUCAUAGUGCAACAAAAGGUUACAUUCACGAAAAGUGAGUAUAGUGGUAGUGCAGCUGCAGUGUUAAUCUUGCUCUUUCUCCCACUUGCUGUGGUUAUCAUGGAAGAGAAUUAUAUUUCAAAGAGCAAGAAUUUUUCAAUGAUUGACACCGAGAAGUCCAGCACGGGAACUACACCAUCUCUUCCAGAUGAAGUACAGGACACAGAAAAGUAUGUUUCAUGUUGGACAAACGUGUUUAAGCCACCGGAGAGAGGGGAGGACUAUACCAUACUACAAGCACUCUUCAGCAUCGACAUGUUAAUACUGUUCUUCUCAGCAAUUUGUGGCGUUGGAGGCACUUUGACAGCAAUAGACAAUUUGGGACAAAUGGGAACUGCGCUUGGAUACCCAGCUCGAAGUAUUAGCACCUUUGUGUCUCUUGUGAGUAUAUGGAAUUAUCUUGGACGAGUUGUCGCUGGUUUGGUCUCUGAAAUUCUAUUAAAAAAAUACAAGUUCCCUCAACCUCUCAUGCUGACUCUAGUGCUCCUAUUAGCAUGUGUUGGUCACCUUCUAAUCGCGUUUAAUCCUUCUGGUGGUCUCUAUGUUGCAUCGAUAAUUAUCGGGUUUUCUUUUGGUGCACAAUGGCCAUUAGUUUUCGCAAUAAUUUCUGAAAUUUUUGGUCUAAAGUACUACUCUACUUUGUACAAUUUUGGGUCAGUGGCUAGCCCCAUUGGACUAUAUGUACUCAAUGUGAAGGUCACUGGACAUUUAUAUGAUAAGGAAGCUAGAAAGCAACUGGCUGCCUCAGGAAGCGUAAGAAAGGCUGGGGAGGCUUUGAAUUGUUUUGGGGUUGAGUGCUUCAAAUUGUCUUUCAUUAUCAUUACUGCUGUGACAUUGUUUGGCUCGCUUGUUUCUCUCAUUCUGGUGUUGAGGACUAGGAAGUUCUAUAAGAGUGACAUUUACAAGAAGUUCCGGGAGGAGGCGCAGGCGGCUGAGAAGGAGAUAGCUAUGGCCGGAAACAGCAUUGGAUCACAGGACACAAAUAAUGGCCAAAGACGUUGA